UGUGUGUAUAUAUGGUGAUUUAUUAUCAUUUAUAAAAAGCCAUUAAGAGCAUAAAAUAUACUCCGAAUAAAAACCAAAGUGGCUGACAAAUUAAUAUUCCACCAUAUGGAUUUUGGAUGCCUCCACAAAGUAGUUUAGAAUUUAUAAUAAAGUUAAGGCAUAGAUCAUAUACAAAAAAAGUUCUUUGUAAAAACUAUAAAACCAACAAAAAAAAAAAACUAAAAAACCAACAAUUUAAUGAUAUUAUAUAACUCUUAAAGACAAAUGUCGGUGCACCGAUAUAUUUACACAAAUGCCCUCCUUGCAAAUUACAAUCAUCUCCCUGUUGCUGGUCACUGGUGGUUGUUGCUCUCUCAUCCUUCGAUCGAAAGCAGCAGAAGAAAUCUCGAUUAUUCUCAAGUUCUCUAUCAGAAUUAACCAGGAUUACAAACACCGGCGGUUUCAUCCACCAGAGUUAUCAAUACUCGAAGUUUUGUGAAAAGCAGAAUCUGUAAGUCGGUGGACGGUCAUAUUCAUUCAUAUACGAACGAGUUUUAUCUUGAGUUGCAACAAACAAACAAAGAAACUACUACGCUAAGAGCAGUCAGUCAAGCAGAAGAUCUUCUUCUCUCUCAAUCCCCGGUGGUUUACGAUGGCAGCCGGCGACGUUCAUAGAUCAGUGAAGCUUCCGAUUCCGGGCAAAAGAAACAUACUCAUUACGAGUGCCCUGCCUUACGUCAACAACGUUCCUCACCUUGGAAACAUCAUCGGCUGUGUGUUGAGUGCGGAUGUGUUUGCACGUUAUUGUCGAUUGAGGGGGUACAACGCGAUAUACAUGUGUGGAACUGACGAGUAUGGAACGGCCACCGAGACCAAAGCUUUGGAAGAGAAUUGCACUCCCAAAGAGAUAUGCGAUAAAUAUCACGCAAUUCACAGAGACGUCUAUAAAUGGUUUAACAUAAGUUUUGAUGAAUUUGGACGAACUUCAACCCCGCAACAAACACAAGUUUGCCAAUCAAUCUUUAAAAAGUUAAUGGAGAACAAUUGUCUAUCCGAAGACACAAUGCAGCAGGUACAGUACAAAUUCAGUAAACGAAAAUGUCUUGAUAACCGGAAUGAUGGUUCCCGGCAAAUAUUUAAAUGUAAUUAUGAUUCUGCACGAGGAGAUCAAUGUGAAAAAUGUGGCAAACUAUUAAAUCCAACAGAGCUUGUUAAUCCUAGAUGCAAGGUCUGUGCAAACAGUCCACAUAUCCGUGCGACAAAUCACCUGUUUCUUGACCUCCCGUCGUUGGAGGGUAAACUGAGGGAUUACAUCAGCAGCAUGUCAGUGGUUGGAUCUUGGAGUCAAAAUGCUAUUCAAGCUACAAACGCAUGGCUUAAUGAAGGACUAAAGCAACGAUGUAUUACUAGAGAUUUAAAGUGGGGUGUUCCCGUCCCUCAUGAGAGGUUUAAAGACAAAGUUUUCUAUGUAUGGUUUGAUGCACCGAUUGGAUAUGUCUCAAUCACUUCGAGUUACACACAUGAGUGGGAGCAGUGGUGGAAGAAUCCUAAAAAUGUGGAUCUGUAUCAGUUUAUGGGCAAGGAUAAUGUGCCCUUUCACACAGUCAUGUUCCCCUCUACGCUUCUUGGGACUGAUGAAAACUGGACUUUGAUGAAGAAUAUCAGUGUUACAGAGUACCUAAACUAUGAAACAGGUAAGUUUUCAAAGAGCAAGGGUGUUGGAGUUUUUGGUAAUGACGCAAAGGAUACAAAUAUUCCUGUAGAAGUAUGGCGAUACUAUUUGCUUAUUAACAGGCCAGAGGUGUCAGACACAUUAUUCACAUGGGCAGAUUUGCAGGCAAAGCUAAAUAGCGAAUUGCUAAAUAAUCUAGGCAAUUUCAUCAAUCGUGUCUUGAGCUUUAUAGCUAAAGAUCCAGGAUCAGGUUACAAUUCAAUCAUUCCUGAUGUUGCUGGUGCUGAAACACAUCUUUUAUCGAAGACUUUUGGAGAUAGAAUUGGUACUUGUGUGGAGCAAUAUGUGGAGGCCAUGGAGAAGGUCAAACUAAAGCAAGGACUGAAAAUUGCAAUGACUAUCUCUGGUGAAGGAAAUGCAUAUUUACAAGAAAGUCAAUUUUGGAAGCUUUACAAGGAAGAUAAAUCAUCAUGUUCCAUAGUCAUGAAAACUUCAGUGGGAGUAGUUUAUCUUCUUGCUUGCCUCCUCGAGCCUUUUAUGCCAUCAUUUUCCGUUGAGGUACUCAAGCAGCUUUCGUUGCCCCUUCAACUUUCUCUCUCUGAUGAGAAAGGAGAUGUCGAGAAGGCUAAAAGACCAUGGGAGAUGGUACCUGCUGGCCACAGAAUUGGGACCCCUGCACCAUUAUUUAAAGAACUGAAAGAUGAAGAGGUGGAAUUCUUUAGGACAAAGUUUGCUGGUAGUCAAGCAGACCGAGCCGUCAAGGCAGAAGCCGAAGCAAAUAAAAUUGCUCAACAGCUGAAGAACUCGAAAGUUUCAGAUAAAAGUUGAAAGAAGGAAAAUGUGGCUAAAUCUAAGGUUGAGCUAGCUGUACAAGAAAUUACCAUCAACCGAUUUGAUAUCCAUGUUGGAUUAAUCAAAAAAGUUGAAAAGCAUCCUAAAGCUGAUUCUUUAUAUGUGUACCGGAAUAACUUAAAAGUACAAAAGUUUCUAUCAUGUGACUUCAACGCGGGCGUUGGGGCUUUAACGAACUAAAUCCUAAAAGGGUGU